GACAAAGCAUGGCUAUAUGAUUUGUGUAAAUAAACAAUAGAUAUUGUUGAUUGUAAUUAAAAUUUUGUAAAUAAUUUAUAUAUGAUGAAACUAUUUCAUAAUCGAAAAUUAUUAUCAUGGAUGCGUACUGGUGUUAUAUCGAUUGGUGCAUUCACUAUUGGUGUAUAUUUUGAACGAAAUGGUCAUCUUUAUGCUGAUGUUGGACCAACAAAAUCAUUAAGUAUCAGUACACAUGGUGGUGAUGAUGUUAUUGAUUCACCGUUAUCCAAACCACUGCAGCCAUUACCAUCAUCAUCAUCAUCAUCUCAUAUGGCAGAGAUUAGCCGUUUUGGUUUUCCAUCAAUGGAUUCAUUACGUUCAUAUAAAAAUUUUCUAUUAAGUUAUGAUCGAAGAAAUCGUGUUGCCAAUUGGGUAUUAGAAUAUAUUACUAAUAAUGAUUUAAUUUCUGAUGAUUAUAAUCGACAAGGUAUUGAAUUUCGUGAAGAUCAAUCAUUUCAUCAUUAUUUUCGUUCAACAAAUCAUGAUUAUAAAGGAUCAGGUUAUGAUCGUGGACAUUUAGCUGCGGCUGGAAAUUAUCGUAGUAAUCCUGAACAUAUAAAAGAAACAUAUGUUUUAUCUAAUAUUGCACCACAAAUUGGUCGUGGUUUUAAUCGUGAUAAAUGGAAUGAUCUUGAAAAAUAUUGUCGCCGUAAAGUAAGAGAAUUAAAAUCAUCAGGCGUUUGGAUCUGUACCGGUCCAUUAUAUUUACCACAAAAAGAUACAACAAGCGGUAAACAUUUUAUUCAUUAUGAAGUGAUCGGUCAUAAUCAUGUGGCUGUACCUACACAUUUUUUUAAAGUACUUCUUUAUCCAAAUAAUAAUGGUCAAUGGUUUAUGGAAUGUUUCCUGAUGCCAAAUCAAGUGAUAAAUGAUAAAAAAUCAUUACAAUCAUAUCGUGUUAAUCCGGAAAUAAUUGAACGUUCUGCCGGUAUUUUAUUAUUCAAUCAAAUUCCACGACAUCAAUUACAUAUUAAUCCUUAGAUCUCAAAUAAACAAAAACAAAAAUAUUUUG